GCUGGUUUACUCCCCGCCUUCUCCCCCACAUUCCCCCUGUUCAUGUUCUGCUACUUCCGGGUCCUGAGUCGCUCCGGAAGCCUGCGAGUUCCGGAAGUUUGGGUAGCCCAGCUUCGGCUAGGAAAAGUCAAGCUGUUAAGGGAAUGUUUCAGAAAAAGUUAUCCGGAGCGUGGGCGUUUCGCAGACUCCUAAGAAUGCUCCCUUCUUACCUGGCUGGCCUGUGAGGAUAUAUUCCCAGGAAGGAAUUGCAGGGUCAUAGGGCAGGACCAUUUCUAGCCUUUGAGAGUACUCCAGACUGCUUUCCACAGGAGUUGGACCAAUUUACAUUUCCACCAGCAUGCUGGAGUUCCUUCCAUAACCUCUCCAGCAUUUGUUAUCAUUUUUGAUAUAUGAUAUUCUCACAGAUAACAACUGCAAGUACAUCAAAGAGGAUUAAGUAUCCAAGGAUUCUGCUCAUGUUGGAACCAAUCAUCAUUAUCUCUCCGAUAGACCAUGGCCAGGUUUCAUGGCUUGCACAUUCUGGUGUUUGCACAACCUGUUCCUUUGCCUUAAAUUCAGUUUAUCUCCUUUCUGCCUGGCCUUCAGAGAAGUCAUGGGUUCCAGAGAUGAGAAUAUGAAGAGGACACAGCAGCGAGUGCUAAGAAUAAGUCAGUUGGAUGCACUUGAACUCAACAAAGCCCUGGAGCAGCUAGUUUGGUCCCAGUUUACUCAAUGCUUGCAUGGAUUUAAGCCAGGUCUGUUAGCCCGCUUUGAACCAGAGGUGAAAGCAUUCCUGUGGCUUUUCUUAUGGAGAUUCACCAUCUAUACUAACAAUGCCACUGUGGGGCAGUCGGUUCUGAAUAUACAGUACAGAAAUGAUUUUGCCCCAAACCUGAAAUAUCAACCACCAACUAAAAAUCAGAAGCUGUGGUAUGCUGUCUGUACAAUUGGUGGAAAGUGGUUAGAAGAACGAUGUUACGACUUGUUUCGAAAUCAUCACUUAGUAUCAUUUGGAAAAGUCAAACAGUGUUUGAAUUUUGUAGUUGGGGUUUUGAAAUUAGGUGGGCUGAUUAAUUUCUUGAUUUUCCUUCAAAAGGGCAAGUUUGCAACUUUGACAGAACGUCUUUUAGGCAUUCGUUCUGUAUUUUGUAAGCCCCAAAGCAUACGUGAAGUUGGCUUUGAGUAUAUGAAUAGGGAACUUCUGUGGCAUGGUUUUGCUGAAUUUCUCAUUUUUCUCUUACCACUCAUUAAUAUCCAGAAAUUGAAAGCCAAGUUAUCCUCAUGGUGUAUUCCCAUUACUGGUACUCCUAAUAGUGACAGGACAUUAACUACUUGUGGUAAAGAAUGUUCUUUAUGUGGAGAGUGGCCCACCAUGCCCCACACCAUAGGUUGUGAGCACAUCUUUUGUUACUAUUGUGUUAAGAGUAGUUUUUUAUUUGACAUGUACUUUACUUGUCCCAAGUGUAGCACAGAGGUGCACAGUGUGCAGCCACUGAAAUCAGGAAUUGAAAUGUCAGAAGUGAGUACACUAUAACCAGAAAAUUGUUACUCUAAAGAAAACUAUGUUCUUUUUAAACCCAUAAAACUAAUUACCCCAAGGCUACCAUUAAGGUGUCUUAUGAGAAAAUGUUCAUCAGCUGCUAUCUUCUGUUCUUUAUUUGGCACAAAUAAAUUCUAGGGAAUAGAAACUAUAUGAUUCUAAAUACAUUAUGAAGAUAAUGUUUUAACAUUGCAUUCGAUUUUUAAUUUCAAGAACAAUGGUCAGUUUUUGUCAGAUGGCUGCUAAGAAUGUUACAUCAUCUUGCUACUCGAAAAUUUAUUAGACUUUUAAAAAUAAAUGAUUUUGAAGACUG